CCAAAAGAACAAUUGAUUUUUACAGAUCUUGCAAACUUAUGAAAGAAUGACAUCUAAUUUACGUUCUUUGAAUGAAACACAAUUAAAUGGACAAAAAAGAAAAUUAGAUGAGGAACCAACCAACACAGGUGUUAGUGAUAGAGAAUACAUACCCAGUAAGAAUGGGAGCAAGCGGGUUGUACAGGAUGGGUAUUCCUGGUGGACGUGUCUGACGAUGGGUAUGACUGUAGAACAGAGUCGCCCACAUGCUGUCCCAAAACAACCACAUUCAUGACAAUCUCUUUCUUUAUAUUUAAAAUUCAGUACUUUUAUUUUUUUUAUUCUCGCGUUUUAUUUUUUGUGCAAUAGAAAUGGCAAUUUAUUGUGUCAGUUUCAUCUAAACUUUAUUGCAGUUUGAUAAACAUUUCAUUACUUUCGCCCCCAAAAAAUCCUUUAUUGUAUCUGAUACUUUGCCAUGUAAAGGAGACUUUUUUCUGCAAGAAGGCGGCUUUCGCAUGACUGUAUAAAAGUUUUUGUUUUUUUUUACGAUUGUCUUAAUUGUGUAUGAUAUUGCAUAUUUGAAAACUUGCAAUCUUGGCAACUUGCAUUAUCCAUGCAUACAGAGCUAAAAAUGUAUGUUACCUAAAGAUAUCUUUGACUGGUUACACAAAACAUAAUGGACUUAUUACGAAGUAGACCAGAGCGCCCCCUGGAUAGUGAUUGUUGUGGUCAGGGGUGUGAUCCAUGUGUACUUGAUAUCUAUGCUGAGGAGAUGAAGAUCUGGGAGGAAGAAUGCAGACAGAUUCUAGCUGGGGAAAAGUCAGGGAAAACAUCAUCUUUACAAGAGGAAAAGGAGAGUGGGCCAGUCCUCAGUGCAACAGAAUACAGAAAUUUCACCAUAGAAUCUGUUGAGAAAGAGACGCAUGACAGUUACAGGUUCAGAUUCAAACUUCCCACUGGGGCUACUCUAGGUUUGAAGACAGGGCAGCAUGUUGUAAUCAGGGGAGAUGUAGGAGAAGAGACUAUAACACGGCAGUACACCCCUGUGUCCGAUGUUGGAGAAAAGUCAUUCUUUGAACUACUAAUCAAAAUAUAUGAAACAGGUCGUAUGUCACAGUAUGUGAAGACAUGGACAGUCGGGACCAUGGUACAGAUAAGGGGGCCUUGUGGUACCUUUGAAUAUAGACCUAACAAGUAUAGAAGAUUGUAUAUGCUGGCAGUUGGUACAGGAAUUGCCCCCAUGGCUCAAAUUAUACAAACUGUGUUAAACAAUGAGGAUGAUGAAACCAUGGUAACACUGCUGUAUGGCUGUAGAACAUACCAGGAUAUUCUCCUUAAAUCAGAGCUAGACGAUUGGUCCAGAUACUGGAAUUUUACAUGUACAUACUACCUCAGUCAGGAGACUGACAACAAAGGGAAGUCUGGAUAUAGAUAUGGGGAUAAAAUCUGUAACAGUAGGAUUACCUGUGAUCUUGUGCAUUCUGUGAUAUCUGACCCACAGGACAAUUUUCUCGUGCUCAUUUGUGGAACUAGGUCAUUUGAACAAGAUAUGUUAGGAUGUAUGAAAACAUUAGAUGUGACUGAACAGAAGUAUCAUAAAUUCUGACAGAAAAUUGAACUUAUUAUGAACACUUUGAUAUUUGACCUGUAAAGCCAGCUUUCAAACUUUUUAGGGCCCUGCCUUUUGGUGAAGCCCUAUUAGUAACUGGCUUUCUGUCUUCUGUUUAUAUCCUCCUGCUACCAAUAGAUUUACUGCAUCUUAUUCUCUAGUUCUUUCUUGAGGGAACACUACACAGAUUUUUUUUUCAGUCUUACGACAUUUUUGUAUACUUAGAGGGCUAUAACCCCUUGUCACUAUCAUAACAUAAAGUCUUAUGUCUUAACAUAAGACAUACUUCUUAAGAUGGAUUACAAAUUUUUUUGACAUACUGGUAGUUUCCCCUUAAGCAGAGAAUACUUUGUAGUAAAACUUGUGGGUACAAACAGGCCAUCAUGAGUUUACAAUUGAGCCGUGCCAUGGGAAAACCAACAUAGUGGGUGUGCGACCAGCAUGGAUCCAGACCAGCCUGCGCAUCCGCGCAGUCUGGUCAGGAUCCAUGCUGUUCGCUAACAGUUUCUCCAGUUCCAAUAGGCUUUAAAAGCGAACAGCAUGGAGCCUGACCAGACUGCGCGGAUGCGCAGGCUGGUCUGGAUCCAUGCUGGUCGCACACCCACUAUGUUGGUUUUCCCAUGGCAUGGCUCAAUUCUUAUUUUUAUACGCCCAUCUCUGAAAGAGCUAGGCGUAUUAUGUGAACACCGAGGGAGGGUGGGCGGGCGGUGUCCAAAGCAUGUCCACUCUCAAACAGUUUUCAUUCGAUCUUCACCAACCUUGCUGACAAUAUUUGUGGGCAUGUUAUCACGGCUAAGUUUGAUAACCAGCCAAAUCGCCCCAGGCACUCUUGGAUUAUGGCUCUUGAAUUAGGCCAAGUUCAAUGACAGGCGUAUUUUGUGACAGUCUGGCACUGUUUUCAUCUUAUUUUUUGUGUUGGAAAAAUUUGAAUAGAAAUAAUCUAUAUUAGAUGAGUAUGUUUUUAAAUAUACCCUUUUAAGUCUGUUAAAUGUAUUAAAAGCUCACAUGGCAGAAAUGUUAUUAUAUAAAAUAUUUUUUUGUUUGAUC